ACAGCUAACAAUUGACAAUAGCUGAUUUGACAACAACAAUACAAAAUUCUUUAGUUCUCUUUUUGUGUUUUGACAGCCGGCUGCUCACUUGAUCAUCAUGCCACGAGAAAUUAAGGACAUCAAGGACUUUCUACUUAAAGCACGCAGGAAAGAUGCUAAAUCUGUGAAGAUAAAGAAAAAUCCAGAGAAUGUAAAAUUCAAGGUUAGAUGCUCCCGGUUUCUAUACACACUGGUCAUCACAGACAAGGAGAAAGCAGAGAAGCUGAAGCAGAGCCUACCUCCAGGUUUACAAGUCAAAGAAGUGAAGUGAUGUGACAUAGGCUAGCCAUUAAACAAGUUAUCAUACA